AUGCCUGGUGGAAAGGGAAAGUCUAUCGGUGGAAAGGCAGGCUCCAAGGACUCUGCGGGGAAGGCCCAAAAGUCCCACAGCGCGAAGGCUGGUCUGCAGUUCCCAUGUGGUCGUGUCAAGCGUUUCCUUAAGAACAACACGCAAAACAAGAUGCGUGUUGGCGCCAAAGCCGCUGUCUACGUUACUGCUGUCCUUGAAUACCUGACCGCAGAAGUGCUGGAACUUGCUGGAAACGCUGCCAAGGAUCUCAAGGUUAAGCGUAUCACGCCGCGUCACCUACAGCUUGCCAUCCGUGGAGACGAAGAACUCGACACCCUGAUCCGUGCCACCAUCGCCUUUGGUGGUGUUCUGCCACGUAUCAACCGAGCGCUGCUGCUCAAGGUGGAACAGAAGAAGAAGAAGUCAGACGCAUAG